GCCUAAACAUAAAACUAUAAAACCAUUCACAGUCGACGUAAGGAAGUGGUGAGUGUCAGGAAGUAGCUGCUACAUCUCAGUUCUCAGGCUCAGAUCUUUGGCUGAGAGCAACAGAAGCAGAAUGACUGAACUCAGACGGAUUAAAAUGUUUUUAUUUCUGGUUCUGGAGCUCCAGGUUACAGCAGUCAUUGUAAAUACUGACACUGUUUUAAAGAGAGCUGGAGAAGACGCCAUGUUGUCCUGUCAGAAAGUGGUGGAAGGUCAACAGAACUGUAACUGGACAACGUGGCUCUUUGGAGGGUCCAAAAGCAAAGAGAUUGAAGCUCUGGUUACGUUUGGAAAACCUGAGGAGGAAACCAGAACCAGAAUCAGUCUAACACCAAACUGCUCUCUGGUUAUAAAGAACAUCACAGCUGAGGAUGUUGGACAGUAUUUUUGUCAACGAUAUGCUGAAGCUCCAGAAAGUCUGGAUCAUGAGUCUACAACUGAUCUGUCUGUUAUUACCAUGACUAAACAUGUGGAGAACCAAACCGUCACAUUAAUCUGCUCUGUCAUAAUGUCUGGCUCCUGCAAAGACAAAGUGAAGUGGCUUUUUAGUCAUGAAGAAAUGGGAAAGUGUAAAGUAAAGCCAUCUGAGGACGAAUGCUCUGCUACUGUGAUCUAUCUGGAGUCUAACUGUGAUAAUUCAUCAUCGAUGGAUCAGUUGUUUCAGUGUGAAGUGACUCAUCCUGGUGCUCGUAACAAUGUUCAGCUGUUUUCCUUCAGUCAACACUCAUCAGGUGGAACAGCAGUGACACAAAGACCAACAACAACUGAAGACGGAAACACAGUGAAGACCACAUCAGGAAGUACUCCAUACGUUGGUGUGGGUGUGGCGUUGGUCGUCAUGGUGAUAAUCGCCAUGGUUGUCUUCAGAUGGAGAGCUAAACGAAAUGAAACACAACGGGAUGAAAACGCCGAUGAUGUAGACGAUGGCGUUUCUUACGCCUCCAUCAGACAUCCCAAAACCAGCGGUGAAGUUUUGGUUCAUGGUGACACAGUGACCUACAGCACAGUGAGACGUCAUUCUUCAUCUGCUGCAGCCUCCAACGACCCCAACAACCUCUACUCUCUUAUAAACUUUAACUAUAAUCAGACCAAAUGACGGUGAAAUAUUUAAUGUUUUAUUGUUGGUUUGGAUCAAAAACCAAACACUGCAAAUAAGCAUAAAAACAUCACAGCUGAAAGACAUUUAGCAGCUCCAGAACCUGAUCAUUGUUAUUGGGUGAACAACGUUCUGGCCUACUGCACUGAGCCGUGAUCCUAAACAUGAACAACUGAGCGGCUGAAACAUUUUAAAACAUGGCACUGCUUAACAACAUAGCGUCCACCAGAGGGCAGCAGAUAUAUGUUAGGUUAAGAUUUCAUCCAGCUCUGAGGCAGCUGAAGGAUGUUAAGAGGAAGGAACAAAACUGACAAAACGUCCACCUAUCAUUGGCCAUUUCCUGGCCACACAGAAAAUGACUGAAUAUCUUUGAACACAGAAGAUCUCUGUGUUCAAAGGACUGAGAACGUCUCUGUUCUGGUGUGGAAACGUCAGAGGAUCCUCCAGAAAGAGCCAGAAUGUUUCAGAGACAAACCAGUUAUUGACCUGAAAACCUUUUCCUCAGUCUGUUGCUACCAAACAUCCAAAGAAAAUCCUAAAUCUAACUCAAUAAAUCUUGUUAGUUCACCUUGGGGAAUUAAAACUGCAUUCUGGAUUAGAUGGAGUGGAGAUUUGUAAACCGUCUUCUAGAUGACUUUUUUUUUGAGUCUGGUAUGAAUAUGAAUAUCUGGCACA